UCCGCAGAUAAGACCAUAUCGCAGGGGUCUCUCAAGCAUCCGCCUACACAAGCCCAAACUGAUCUCUCUGAUGGUCGUCAAACCGCACCUCACCCCUUCCAAUCAACGACUAAGCCAAUCGGGGCAGACGACAAGAUUGAGUCAUCUUUCACCUGUGCCCAGUUUUAUCCUCCCGACCAUCAGGAGUCGAGUGACAUCAAAGUGCCUUUGUCAGCACCAGGUUUGUUGGUCUUCAAUGAUCAUUUGCCCGUCGGAGCGGGCAAUGCAGUCAGUGAAAAGUCGCCUUCAAGACUGUUGAUCCCGACGACGACCAGUGAUCCCAACUGGUUGACCAGCCUUUUCCAGCCUCCCAGGCCGCGUUGUGUACCAGGGAAAGCAGAUCAUCUACAGGGCGAUAUGCAGAGGUGUCUGCUCAACACCGCUAAGCUGGAACAGUUCAACAAUGGUCUUCUGUUGCUCGACGACUGCACAGACACGAAUGGCCUCCUCGACGACCUUGUAGCCGGACACGCAGAGUCGACAGGUCGGAUUGCUCAAAAUGGCUGCGGUAGCGCAGAAGGUGUGGGCAGUCGUGGAGACGAAGUGGAAGGGGCAGAGGGAGGCGAAAGGGAAACUAGUGGUCUGGGAAGCAUAACCACCGAUUAUGAAGAGACCAACUGUGAACUAGUGCUUUCGGCCAGUCUACCCGGCUUGUCACAAUUGCUUUUCAACCCAACCCCAGGAAAGAGGGCCACUUUGAAGGGUCCACUGCCGGCUGCUUUCAUAUCGAGCUUGCGUAAGGACAAAGCAAAAUCAGGCAACAAGACCAAUUCGUCACCUUGUCCCUGCGAUUGCGCCACCAGUAAGGCUAAAUACACCCAAAUCGCUACAAUGGGAAGGCACAUUCCCACUUGGCCCGCAGAUUAUGGGAAUGAGAUCGCAUUAGAUUGUUACAAUAAUCUGGACCCUACAGAAGAGGGACAAGCGGCAAUGAUGGGGCUAAACUGUGGAAGUCAAGGCGUCGACGCAUCGAGUCAGGCUAGUGACAAAAGGAGAGAUUUGUCGUUGCUGAGAUCCAAUUUAUGCGGAUCUCAGACAACGCUUGAAAUGGGUAAGCGCAAGCCCAGAACUGCUUCUGUACGAUUCUCACCCACCACUAAAUAA